UACAUUCAAACGACAUGCGUGGAGAUAUACGUUCUGGGCUGAGGUCUGGAGAGAUAAACGGGACGUGUAUAUACUACAAAUUAUGUACAAUCCACCAGCAACUUGACGGCAACUUUUAUGACAAAAAUGGAAGCACUGGUGAGGACAAUAACCGGUAUUGGGAUGAGAUGGCAAAGGUGACAUAACUUGAUUGAAAAUGCUGAGAGUUUACAUUGUUCCCAGCAUCCCAUGGUAGGCCAUUUGUCAUUGCAAAAGAAAGUUCGAGGUAAAUUUCAGCAAUAAAUGGCCAGUUCAAAGUGAAUUGUCGCACCUGUUCCACAAGAGGGAUACGAAUAAUGUUGGUAUUAUCUGCCCGGAAGAGAGCGCAAAUGAAACGUUAUGAUUUAAUGUAAGGCUGUGUGAUGGUGAGUGUUUCGAAGUGUACCGCAAGAAAUACAAGGUGUGACGUAUUGAAGAGAGCUGCAAUCCCACAAAACGUCUGACCAAACAUGUAAAAGGAAAUUUGUCGUAUUUUGCAGUGUUUUCCAUUCAGUGAAACGCAUCAGUGUUGAAGCGCACGAAGCCCAGAGCGUGGAUCUCUCAACAAGCAGCCCUAUCCGAUGGAGUGCGGUGUAUCUGCAACCUACUCAUCCACUAAUGGAGGAGCACCUAAUGGAAUAAUGGCAGAUGUUCGAAGUGAACGAAGCCCAGCAAAAUCUGGUUUGCAUGUGAACUUUAGUGAGAAAGGAGAAGUGAAAGAAAGAAGGGAGAAGUUCCUGACAGCGAAAUAUGGAAGCCAUCAGAUGAGCUUAAUUCGAAAGAGGCUAGCAGUAGAGAUGUGGCUGUACGAUGAACUCCAGAAGCUGUAUGAGCCUUCGGAGAACUCGAAGGCUCGAGAAGUGGAGGUAGACAUCGAUGAGCUUCUGGACAUGGACAGCGAUGACCAGAGAAGGCGGCAUUUGCAGGAGCUGUUGGCAGAUGCAAAGAAAUCACAGCAUGACGUUAAGAAAUUUGUAGAAGAUCUGUUAGAGAGAGCCAAGACUCUUUGAAGAGUGCUGUGUGGUGCCAUCUCUAGGGAGAAAAGGAGAUCACUUCUUGGGGGAAAAAGGGUGGUGCUGAUGCCAACCCUGUUGAUCCAUCCAUCCAUCCGGAGAAGUCCAUAUGAUGCUCCAGAAACCAGUGUAUGGUUUGUUAGCUAGGUCAUGAAAUGAGUGUUCUCAUUCAUUCAUUCAUUCAUCAAUCAAUGAUUCAUCAGCAAGUUUACUACUUUAUUAUGAAGUUUCCAUGUAUGUUGUCCGCAAAGAAACCGAGGACGUCGGAUGAAUGUCGGUAGGCUUUCUGUUGUAGUAAUAAGAAAUGCAUUUGUUUACUGAGUGUUUUAUUAUAAAGUAUUUUACAUUUAGUUUAUGGGCAAUUUACUAUGAAACUUGAAAUUUGUAAUGAAUAUGACAUUUCAAAGGAAAUGUUAUUUCAGGGCAUGUAACGUUAAUUGAAGGUUCAGCGUGGAAUAGUAUGGAAGCUCAUCAGAUCUAUGGUGAAAGUAUGUACUUUCACUAAUUGAAAAGCUGAGGUAACGUAAUUAAUAUUUGAAUCUUUGUGUCCACCUUCUGUUGCGGAAAAAGAAAUUUAAACAAAAAAGAGAAGAAGCCGUUAUCGCUGCCAUCGUAAUCAACAUUUGUGUUUAUAAUAAUGAAUGGAUAUUAUUAGUAUGUCGUGUGGUGUGGGUAAUGUGACAUGUUCAUUAGCUAGUCGUAAAUCACCAAGCUAUAGAAAUUUUUUUUAUGUAUUUUUAAUAGUUCGUGUAUUGUUAACAUGGUUACAUUUCUGUAAUAUUUCAGGGCAGUCCACUGAAGGAAAAAAAAGAUACAUGUGAAAUUUUAUUUCCUUGUAAUUUUUUUAUACCGUACGUAAGUUAUCGAGUAAGAUUUCACUUAAAGACAUUUAUGUCUGUUGGCAAGAUGUGCAGUAGUUUCUACCUUUUGACACUCAAAACAAAAAUUCAUAGCAACAUUUUAAAAUCUGAGUAGUGAACAAGAUCCUUGAAGUCUUGGUCUUCCGUAGAAACAGAACUGCCACAUUAGGAAACGUAAAAAUUUGUUUUAAAUUUCAAUGUACAGGUUCAUUGCUGUUUUUAAGGUGACGCUGUUGGCAUAACAUUUAUUUAAUAAUGCCAACUCCAGUGUUACAUGCUAAAUAAGAACAUAUUUUACGAUUUGAGGCUUUCACGGCGGUGAGUACAAAGAUGGCUGUCUUCCGGGUUGCUGCGCCAUGUAGUCUGGUAGAAGUUUACCGAAGUCCUCCAUCAUCAGGGCGCAGCAACCCGGAAGACAGCCAUCUUUAAACACUAAGAACAGGUGCAUGUGGCGAUAUCCCACGUGAGCAAAAGUAGUGGUACCACUGUAAUUUACAAAGCUUUGGUGGAUGAACUGUUUUCUUGUAGGAUGUUUAGGUAAUAAGAAUGUGAAGUUGUUUUUAAUCCUGUGGAGUCCAUUCUGUUGUAUAAAGCAUUAGAAUUCAUUUUAUUUACCAUAUUUUUGAUUUAUUUAUUCCUUAUCAGUCACCAUCCUCACUAGUAACAAUAUAACAGUUAUAAGUCUGCCCUGCGUUGCGAUGUUGGAUUUUAUGAAAGAUUUGAACUUUACUAUUUCAGGUUAUUAUACCAAUUGUAUAAUUACUAUCUUUAUUAUCGAUGAUUUUAGCUUAUCACUAAUGAAUUUUUGUAUUUUAUACUUGCAUCUUAUUCCUAUAAAAGUAACUGCCAACGUAUGUUGUGUUACAUAUUUUAGUUUUUAAUCGUAUGUUUUCUUGUUUUCUAUUCGUGAUUUCUGUGGAUUGCUAUUUUUUAAGCUUGACCUCAGUUUUCAGAUCAUCACUUCCUCUCAUCUCGGGUAGAGUAUGUGCAUGAAUAUCUAAACAGUUUCCAUUCUUCAAAGGUACUAAAUGUAUAGGUGCGUAUACUGUUUUCUAACCCCGCUGUCUGGACCAUUAUUUUCAAACUUACCUGCUCAGAUGCAUCUUGUACCUUACAAUUCUGUUGUGUGUUUAUUAGUUUCAUAUGAAUUUAGGUAUUCUUCCAUGUUUAAAACAAACUAUUAUGCCCUUUGCUUCUAUGUUCAUUAAUUAGUUGGCCUUGUUUUUUUGGAUAAA